GGGGGUGAUGUCACGUGGCGCACUGAUAACGUCUGCUGUGACGGCUUUUGAUAACACUCCCCUGCAGGCCAGUUUCCCCAUCAGUCCGCAAGCCAAACUCCCCAAACCAGCAACGACGGGUCAAAUCAGUUCAAUUCCGCCACAAUGAGCUCCUUCGGCGCCAAGCGGAGAGGACGCGUUAUCCAGACGUUUGACGAUGAGAGCGACGAUUUAGCACUUUCCUCAAACGGCGGCAACGAGGAGCAAAACGACCGUAAGUGUCUGACCUCUUCCAGCCGAGCGCGUCUCUUUCAGAGCCCCCCGUUGCUGAUACUUGGACCAUCGAAGAGCAAGCUAGCUGAUGCGCGGCCGGCAGAAUCCGCGCCCCCGGGGCGCAUCAAAUUUGGUCGCAACAAGUCCGGCAAACCGUCGGCUCUGCGCAAGAGCCUCAACCUUGGCGACGAAGACGGCAGUCUGUCGGCGCCCGCAUCCGCGCCGACGGCUUCGGCACGCGACGAUGACGAAGACGACACCUCCAGCGGCCCGGUCGUGGUCCGCCCCGCCCCCGGCCGCUCCGGCUCGACAAGGAUAAAGAAGCGCCCGGCCGCAUCUCGAUUGUCCUUUGGCCCAAGCGGAGGCGAGGCAGCCGAGGAGGGCGAGGCCGCGGCAGCAGGAGAGGCUGUCAUCAAGCCCUCGGCCCCCAGGAAACCGCUCACCCAGCGAAUACUCCAAAACAAUGCGCUCCGCCGGACGGGAUCCCUACAGAACCUCACCAGCAGCCUCCCCAUACGCUUCGGCGGCGAGGAGGACCGGCCGAAAUACAGCAAGGAGUACCUCGAGGAACUGCAGAGCGCGACGCCAAACACGCCGCAGAACCUGGCCUCGCUGCAGAUCGACGACGACGGAGAGGCGAUGGAGCUGGACGAGGCCGAGCUGGACGGCGCGCUGGUAGUGCAAUCCACCGACGUCGCGGCCCCCGCGCCGCCGGGACCAGCCAGCACGACGCAGAUCCUCACCGAGGCCGAGAUCCGCGAGCGCAAAGAGCGCCGGGCGCGGCUAGCCCAAGAAGCCUCGUUCAUACCCCUUGAAGGCGGCUCGGACGACGAAGCCGCCGGCCAAGGCGGCCGGAUGACGGUGCAUUUCCCGUCUACCAAGAAAAAGAAAGAGUCGCGGCUGAUAGCCGAGGACGAAGACCUGGGCGAAGGGUACGACGAGUUCGUGUCGGACGGCGGGCUGGCGCUGGGCCGGCGGGCGGAGCGGGACGCGGCGCGGCGGCACCGGCAGGAGAUGGCGGAGCUGAUCCAGGCGGCCGAGGAGGGGUCCGAGGCGGAGACGGACGACAGCGAGGCCGAGCGGCGCGCCGCGUACGAGGCCGCGCAGCGCCGCGCCGGCCUGGACGGCCUGCACCACCACCACCGCCGCCUGCUCGACGACCCGGAGGCGGACGCCGACGGCGCCAUGGCGCCCGACGCCAUCCCGCGCAUGAAGCCGCUGCCGAAGCUGGGCGAGGUGCUGCAGCGCAUGCGCGACAUCGUGCAGGGGCUCGAGGACGAGGUGGUCCGGAAGCGGGCCAGGAUAGAGGGGCUCGAGAAGGAGAAGGCAGAGAUCCUGGCGCGGGAGAAGGAGGUGCAGGAGAUCCUGAACCAGGCCGGCGCCAAGUACCAGGCCGUCUUGGCCAAUGCCGGCGGGACGAUCGUGGCGGACGUGAACAAACUGGCGGGGCAGUCGCCGCUGCGGCCGCCACUGCCGCCCGGGAUCGCCGGCGAGCUGCCGGUGGAACGCGGACUGGAGAGCUUUGGCGCGACGCCGACGAAGCGGGAUGAUGUCGACGAGACGAGUUAGUGGCAACCCUUGCAGCAGAUUGUACAAUAGUAUCGGAAUCAUUCUCCGGCGGGUUGCCGAGAUUGGUUGAGCCAUGUCCGUUCGCAGAAUCAGUGUGCGAAGGUUGAUAAAUGAUAAUCAAGUACACUAUCUGUAUGCCUUGCUUGUCUAAGCUAAAUGAAAUAACAUUCCGUGCCGUGC